AUGGAGACAAUUCAAGUCGAUGUUCUCGUCUGCGGCGGAGGCAUGUCGGGAAUGGCAUGCGCUGCUUUCGCCGCGGAAGCAGGAGCCAAGGUCUUGGUUGUCGAGAAGCAGUCGAAUGUCGGUGGCUCGUCGAAUUACUCUGCGGGAAUGUUCUGGGCCCCUCAAACAUAUGACAAGCUGAGGAGUUGGGUGCCAGAAGGAGAUCCAGCAUUACAGGAAGCCUGGCUACGCGACUAUCUGCCCGCUGUGCAGUGGAUGCGUGAUAAUGGGGUGCCAACGGCUGAACGGUUCGACGGUAUCAUGACAAUCGGCAUUGGAUUCCCGAUUGAGAUUCCACACCUUCAUAACCUCCACCAAAAGCGCAUUCAGUCUAGCAAGACGCGUUCCGAGAUUUUUACAAACACGUCGGUAGUCAAGUUGAUUCAGAGAGAGCCCGGGGUUUCAGGAUCAACCAUAAUUGGCGCUGUAAUUUGCAAGAACUCGCCCAACUCACCAGCCUUAUAUUACGAAGUCAGAGCCAAAAUUGUGGUCUUGGCCACAGGUGGUUUCCAGGGGUCUCCAGGGAUGACAUCCAAAUACUUAGGUCACGGCGGCGACAAUAUCUUUGUGCGCUCCAAUCGUGGAUCGGUGGGAGAUGGACUCAAGCUGGCCAUUGAAUCUGGUGCGGGAACCAGUAGAGGAAUGAACACCUACUAUGGUCACCUUCUAGCAGCUCCGCUUCGAGCCGAAGAUGUGGAUCCAAAGGACUAUCUUCCACUCGCGCAAUACCAAAGCAAAUACUGUCUACUGCUUAACGAAGGAGGUCAGCGAUUUGCCGAUGAAACCACAGGUGACGAGAUCAUCAAUCAGUAUCUCGCCAAACAACAAAAGCGCCGCGGGUUCUUAUUGUUCAACGAGAAAACUCGUCUCCAGCACUGCGUCACUGCGUUGUUCCCCAACGCAGGGGACGUCGAUCGUCUUCAGAAAGCCCGGGACCAUGGCUGUAAUGUUGCGAGUGCCUCAACCUUGAGUGGUCUGGUUGAUGUUCUUCACGGGUGGGGUGUGAAUAAUGUACAGGCAAGACGGACUAUCGAGGAGUACGAUCGAGUGGUGCGUUUAGGGGACAAGAACAUCUCCCUUGACGCCCCUAUCGGUCGUGCUGGUUCACCCCCUACACCUUUGGUGGAUGGGCAGGGACCGUUCUAUGCUAUGGAGGUCCAGCCGUCGAUCACAUUCACCUACGGUGGUAUCGCAAUCGAUGCAAAGGGGCACGCAUUGACACCUGAUAGAUCUAGAAUUCCAGGUCUGCUCGUUGCAGGUGUUGAUGCUGGGGGUUUCAGUAAUCUUGGAUACGCUGGGGGUCUUGCUCUCGCUUUCGUGACGGGUCUCUGGGCGGCCCGAGAGGUUGCACGCGACUUGGGGUUGCCUGAGCCUCGCUUGCCCCCUGCUGAUGUUCGGGAUGGGCAGGAUAAACCACUUCAGGGGCGCCUUUAG